AGGGAGAGAGACCAUAUAUGUAAAGUAUGUCCAUAUGUGAGUAUUUGAGAGACGGGGGAUGCAUGUGUCUGUGUGAGACAGAGAGAGGAGUGAGAGAAGGUAUAUCCUCUGGCCCUUGGAGAGUGAGUGUGAGGCUGAAUGGGAGCCAGGAAAAGGGGAAGGGCCUCGCGUCAGCCAACAAAAACAGCUGCCUGAGAGUACGCAGGAAAACAGUGUCUGGUAGAGUAUAGGGARAGGGGGACAGUGAGAGAGGACAGGAGAGAGAGAGAGCGCCAGGGUUCACAUCUCUAUAUGGGUUGCGUCCUGACUGCGGAGCCUUGCUGUGGGGAGGAAGCAGAGCCUGUGCCCUUGGUGAGAGGGUCACUGACGCGCCGUGGUCCAGAGAGGUCCAACAACGGCAGGAUGAGGCUGACUAAGACAGGGAAGGGGGAGCCCCAUGUCUUCAAGGAGAAGACCUUUAAGAAGAACCGUCAGUGUGGGGUGUGUCGUCAGAGUGUGGACAACACAGGGUCCUUUUGCCGAGUGUGUAAAACAGCCACUCACAAGAAAUGCGAGGCAAAGGUAAGACUCCAAACCGAUUCACUCCUGCGUAACUUACCCAACUUAUUCUACACUCUUAGAAAAAAAGGUGCUACCAAGAGCUGUCCCCUUUGA